AUCGCCGGCGCCAACGCCCCCGCCCCCGCCCGCGCGCUCCGCCGAGGACCUCAUCAACAGGCCACCUUCUUCGACCUCGUCGUCCUCCGAUUAGCCAAGUGUUUGUCGAUCUGCAAUCGGGUUUAAGAAGCCCAAUUGGCCAGUCCAGUUCAACACGGAGCCCUCCAAUACGGCCGUCCAAACCAAGCCUCAGUGCUGUCGAUGAGGAGUUGCUAUUCUUCUUCUUCUCUCUGUGGGAUUUCUAGAGCGGCGUGGAGGCACGCUGUGGCCGGCACCCUGAGCCUGAGCGACAUCCGCCACCACCACCAACACAGCCUGCGCUACUUGCCCCUCAGGCCUCCCGUGCCGCCCAUUGCCAUUUGCCUCGCCGAGCGCUUCUUCUCUUCCUCCUCGUCCAAGCGCCCCACCAAGAGAUCCGCCGCAAAGAAGGCCACACCGCCGCCGAUGGACUCUGCCGGCAGCGACCCGUUCUAUGUCGUCCGCAAGGGGGAUGUCAUCGGCAUCUACAAGAACCUCGCCGACUGCCAAGCUCAAGUCAGCAAUUCGGUCUGCGAUCCUUCUGUGACUGUGUACAAAGGCUAUUCUCUUCGUAAAGACACCGAGGAGUAUCUCACUGCGCGCGGGUUAAAGAAUGCUCUGUAUUCCAUUAAUGCAGCAGAUGCAAAAGAUGAAUUGUUUGAUGAUCUGGCACCCUGCCCUUUCCAGCAACCUGAUGGAACCUCUACUUUGAAAAGGCCACAGGAGAUGGAAACUGGACCAUCUAAGAAGCAUCCCAAAGUCGCUGGACAGGAGCCAUUGCCUGAUAGUCAUCUAUCCUGCAUUCUUGAAUUUGAUGGUGCUUGCAAAGGAAAUCCCGGGAAAUCAGGGGCCGGUGUAGUAGUAAGGCGGUCAGAUGGAUCUAUGAUUGCUCAACUACGCGAGGGUUUGGGUAUUGCAACGAAUAACGCUGCUGAAUAUCGUGCAUUGCUCCUGGGGUUGAGAUAUGCUGCUAAGAAGGGAUUCAAAUAUGUUCGUGCUCAAGGCGAUUCUAAGCUUGUCUGUAACCAGGUCCAAGAUCUCUGGCGUGUUAGGAAUGAUAAUAUGGCGGACUUGUGCAAGAAAGUCAAGGAACUGAAGGGAAGUUUCCUUCAGUUUCAAAUCAACCAUGUUUUGAGGGAGUUUAAUGCAGAUGCGGAUGCCCAAGCUAACUUUGCUGUUGAACUUCCUGUUGGUGAAAUUCAAGAGCAGUCAAGCUUCCCAUGCUAGUGGUUGCGCUUCAGAGUAGGGUUUUUUUUUUUUUUUUUUGCCGCGACUGAAGAAGUUAAAGCUCAUUUCACAUUGACCGAAGCAAGAGUUCACUGUUGAGCAGUGGGAAAAUGCGUAAUUCGCAGUUGAUCCGUGAGGUUACGAGCUGGAGUCGAGAUGUUAGGAGGAAAUUGUGUCUAGAUUUUUGUAUGAGCUUGAGUAGCCUGGCGCUUGUGUUUAAUUCACUGAUAUUAUGCGGACUACAUACAGCGUCAGAUACUAUUCAGUAGCAUAUAGUUAAUUGCUAUUUCCACAAAGGGAACGAUUUUACUGCUGCAA